ACACAGCUCCCUCGGAUUCAGAGUGGUCAGCUGUUGCGUCCGUCUCGAGCUCCUCAAGCCACCCCUCAUCGAUUCUCGUUCGGCCUGUGGUGAGACCCCGCCCGACAACCAACCAUGCCUGCCUACGGUCCGUCCCUCGAGGACCAGCCCUCGGAAGACUUCCUCCUGGGCAACAAGAAGAAGAUGAUGGAGAUCAGGAACGCUCCUUAUGACGUCAAGAAGAGCGUGUGGAUCCCGGAUCAGAAGGAGAUCUUCGUGGAAGCGGAGAUCAAGAGCGAGAAGGGGGAUCAGGUCACGGUGCAGACCGCUGAUGGCAAGUCUUUGGCCGUGAAGAAGGAUAAGUGUCUGCAGCGGAACCCUCCCAAGUUCGCCUGCGCGGAGGACAUGGUGAACAUGACCUUCAUGCACGAGGCGGCUGUGCUGGGUAACCUGAGGCAGCGUUACGACCAGAUGCUCAUCUAUACCUACUCUGGCCUGUUCUGUGUGGUGAUCAACCCAUUCAAGAGGCUCCCGAUCUACUCCGAGCAAGUGACCGCCAUGUACCAGGGGAAGAGGCGCACGGAGGUCCCGCCCCAUCUCUUCUCGGUGUCCGAUAACGCCUACCAGAACAUGACCCAGGAGAGGCAGUGCCAGUCUAUCCUCAUCACCGGGGAGUCUGGUGCAGGGAAGACUGAGAACACGAAGAAGGUUAUUUCCUACUUCGCCUUCGUUGGGGCUUCUGGCGGUCAGCAGAAAGACCCCAAGGGUUCGCUGGAGGAGCAGAUCGUCCAGACCAACCCUGUACUGGAGACCUUUGGUAACGCCAAGACCGUCAGGAACAACAACUCCUCCCGGUUUGGUAAAUUCAUCAGGAUCCACUUCGAUAAGCGGGCAAAACUGGCUGGAGGUGACAUCGAGACAUACCUGCUGGAGAAGUCUCGUGUCAUCGAUCAACUUCCUGGAAUGGAGAGGAGCUACCACAUCUUCUUCCAGAUGAUGUCCAACGGAAUUCCCGGAACCACUGAUAAGUACAUGAUGUCCACCGACGCGUCGGUGUACAAGUUCAUCAAGGAGGGCGUGUACACCGUGCAGAACCUGGACGACGGAGAGGAGUUCCGCGCCACGGAUGAAGGCUUCGACAUCCUGAACUUUUCCGCCGAGGAGAAGGACAACAUCUACAGGAUCUCCUCUGGCAUCUUGUGGCUGGGGAACACCGAGUUUGCCGACAGGAAGGAUCACGCCGAUGUUGAAAACCAAGAAGUUCUCGACAAGGCAGCGCAGCUGUUUGGCGUCGACGGCUUCGAGCUUGCAAACGCCAUCACUAAGCCUAGGGUAAAGGUCGGUGCCGAGUUUGUGACCAAGAGUCAGAAUGCUGCCCAGUGUAACAACACCAUCGGCGCGCUGGGGAAAGCAAACUACGGCUACCUGUUCAAGUUCCUGGUGGCCAAGUGCAACGAAACUCUGGAGACCGGAAUGGAGCGAGUUCUCUUCAUCGGUGUGCUGGAUAUUGCCGGCUUCGAAAUCUUUGAGUUGAAUAGUUUUGACCAGUUGGCCAUCAACUACACGAAUGAGAAGCUGCAGCAGUUCUUCAACCACCACAUGUUCGUCAAUGAGCAAGAGGAGUACAAGGCCGAGCAGAUAGAAUGGACCUUCGUGGACUUCGGAAUGGACUUGCAGGCCUGCCUGGAUCUUUUGGAGAAGCCUCUCGGCAUCCUGUCCACGCUGGAGGAGGAGUGCAUUGUGCCGAAAGCCACCGACAAAACCUUCAUAGAAAAGCUCUGCGCAAAACAUCUGGGCAAGAAUCCCAAGUUCACCAAGCCAAAAGCCAGCAAGAAGAAGUACCCUGCUCACUUCGAGUUGGGCCACUACGCCGGCCCGGUGGCCUAUAACAUCACCGGCUGGCUGGAGAAGAACAAGGACCCGGUCAACGAGACUGCCGUGAUGGUGUUGAAGAGAGGAAAGGUCCCGCUGUUGCCGACCAUUUGGAAGGAAUACAUCACACAGGAAGAACAAGCCGGUGAAAAACAGGCUGCUGGGGGCAAGAAAAAGAAGGGUGGCUCAUUUCAGACGGUGUCGGCUAUCCACAGGGGUCAGUUGACAGAGCUGAUGACCAACCUCCACUCGACUUACCCCCACUUCGUCCGUUGCAUCAUCCCCAACGAGAUCAAGACCGGCGGCAUCAUCGACGGACCUCUGGUUUACAACCAGCUGACUUGUAACGGUGUACUCGAGGGCAUCCGUAUCUGUCAGAAAGGAUUCCCCAACAGGAGUUUAUAUGGUGACUUCUUGCAGAGGUACUCUGUUUGCGCUGCACACGUCUUUGCCUCAGGGGAUUUCAUGGAAGGGAAGGAGGCCACCAAGCAGAUCCUGGAGGCCAUCAAGCUGGAUAAAGCACGCUACGCCAUUGGCUUGAACAAGGUGUUCUUCAAGGCCGGCACUCUGGCCAUUUUAGAGGAGAUCCGAGACGAUAAAGUCAAGGAAAUCUUCACCAUGAUGCAGUCUCGCGCUCGUCAACUGUUACAGAGGAGAAUCUUCAUGAAGCUGUUUGGUGGAAGGGCUGCGAUGAGGAUUCUACAGAACAACAUCCGUGCGUGGUUCCGCCUGCGCAAUGACUGGUGGAUCAGGAUGUACCAGAUGCUCAAGCCGAAACUGACGGGAGGCAUGGCUGAAGAACUUCUCAAGGAGACCAAGGUCAAACUUGGGAAGACGGAGAAGCACUACGAGGAGAUAGUCAAGAAAAGAACCGAACUGGAGUCGAAGCUUAACGACAUGAUGGCUCUAAAGAAGGAUAUUCAGAAUGCCCUUGAAACCGAAACAGCGGUGAUAGGCGAGGCUCAGGAUCGAGUAGGCACCCUGCUGAAAGAAAAGGCCGAACUUGAUGCCCAGCUGUCAGAAGUAGAGGAACACCUGGAGGAUGUUGCAGAUCAAAACAGGCAGCUCGAGUCCAAGAAAAUGAAGGCAGAGCAGGAGCACGAUGAACUGAAGCGUGAACUUGAAGCGAUAACACUCAAACUGUCCAAGAGGGAGAAGGACAAACAGGAAGUCGAGGACAAACUUCGCGCCAUGAUGGAGGAAGUGGCUGUGAAUGAUGAACUCAUCUCCAAGCUCAGCCGAGAGAAGAAGAAACUUGAAGAGCUGAACGCGCAAACACUGGAUGAUCUCCAGUCAGAGGAAGACAAGGUGCAAAACCUCACCAAGCUGAAGGUCAAGUUGGAACAGACUCUAGAUGACCUGGAAGACAACCUUGAGCAUGAGAAGAAGAUCCGCGGUGACGUGGACCGCGUCAAGAGGAAACUGGAGAAUGACUUGAAGAACUCGCUGGACCUGGUGGCAGAGACAGAAAGAUACAAAGUUGAACUAGAAGAAAAACUGAAAAAGCGAGAGUUUGAGAUCAACGCUCUCAAUACCAAGGUGGAAGACGAAACCGGCCUCGCUCAACAAAUGCAGAAGAAGACAAAAGAGCUGCAAGGCAGGAUUGAGGAGCUAGAAGAAGAGCUGGAGACAGAGAGAGCAGCUCGAGCUAAGCUUGAAAGACAAAGGGCGGAGCUGUCUCGUGAGCUUGAAGACAUCGGUGAGAAGUUGGAGGAGUCUAGUGGAGCCACCGCAGCUCAGGUGGAGCAGAACAAGAAGCGGGAGAACGAGCUGCAGAAGGUCAGGCGGGAACUGGAGGAGGCCACCAUCGGUCACGAGGCCGCCACUGCCAGUCUCAGGAAGAAACACAACGACACAGUAGCGGACAUGACCGAGCAGGUGGAAGGUCUCCAGCGCAUCAAGGCUAAACUGGAAAAAGAGAAGAACACACUUCGCGUUGAGGUGGACGACCUGGCCUCAAAUAUGGAACAGGUUACCAAGGGUAGGGUUCAGGCCGAGAAAGCCAACAAGCAGCUGGAGGACCACCUGGUUGAUGCAAACCAGAAGGUAGAAGAAAAUCAGCGGAUAAUUCAAGAGUUGUCAUCGCUGAAGACCAGGUUAACGUCGGAGAACAACGACCUUCAGCGGCAGUUGGAAGAGUCAGAGGGUUCAUCCAAUCAGUUGAGCCGUACGAAGAGUAUGCUGACUCAACAGAUGGAGGAGGUCAAACGUCAGCUCGAGGAAGAGACCAAGGGUAAGAACUCGUUGGCUCACCAGCUUCGCGCCGUUCAGCAGGACUGUGACAACUUGAGGGAAUCUCUGGAGGAGGAACAAGAGAGCAAGUCUGAGAUCCAGCGCAACCUGGUCAAGGCGACAGCUGAGGUGGCAGCCUGGCGCAGCAAGUACGAGACGGACGCCAUUCAGAGGACGGAGGAGCUGGAGGAGGCUAAGAAAAAGCUGGCUGCUCGUCUGCAGGAUGCCGAGGAACUUGUGGAGGCAGCCAACGCCAAAUGUGCAAGUCUGGAGAAGACCAAAAACAGGUUGGCGGGAGAGGUGGAGGAUUUGCUGCUGGACGUGGAGAAGGCCAACACGUCGGCUGCUCAGCUCGAGAAGAGGCAGCGUCUGCUUGACAAACAAGUUGUCGAGUGGAAGAACAAAUGUGAAUCCCUUCAAGCCGAGCUUGAGGCUGCACAGAAGGAAAGCCGCGCUUACCAGACGGAACUGCUCAAGCUUAAGAACGUCUAUGAUGAGGGGGUAGAAGCACUGGAAGCUAUCAAGAAGGAGAACAAGUCAUUGCAAGGUGAGAUAAACGACCUGAAUGACCAGCUAGCGGAGAACGCGAAGAGCAUCCAUGAGCUGACAAAGGCCAAGAAACGUCUGGAAGUGGAACGAGACGAGACGCAGAACGCUCUGGACGAGGCGGAGGGCGCUCUGGAGAUCGAGCAGGGUAAGGUGGUGCGCGUACAGCUGGAGCUCGCACAGCUGAAGGGAGAUGUCGACAAGAAGAUGGCUGAAAAAGAGGAGGAGUUUGAGGCUACCAGGAAGAAUCAUGCUCGUGCCAUCGACCUUGUCCAAGCGCAGAUAGAAGUGGAGUCGAAGGGAAAGGUCGACGCAACCCGAGCACGUAAACACCUGGAGAGUCAUCUUAACGACAUCGAAGUCCAGCUGGAAUCAGCAAACAGGGCCAACGCCGAGGCGAGGAAGACCAUCGCUAAACUCUACAACCAAAUCCAAGAAAUGCAGGUACAGAUAGACGAUGAGCAGCGCCAGAGGGACGAGAUCCGUGAGCAGUACAACAUCGCGGAGCGCAGGAACCAGGCGCUGAUGGCAGAGAUCGACGAGGUCCGCUCUCAUCUCGAUACGGCCGAGAAAUCUCGUAAGGUCGCUGAAGCUGCGCUGGCAGAGAGCAACGAACGUCUCGGUGAGCUAAGCACACAGAACUCUGCUCUGGCUGGGCACAAGCGUAAGCUGGACGGAGAUCUGGCGUCUAUCCAGUCCGAGCUGGAAGAGACCAUCAGUGAACAUAAACAGACUCAAGACAGGGCCAAGCGUGCCAUGUCUGAGACUGCGAGAAUGGCGGAGGACCUUCGUUCAGAGCAGGAGCACUCCAUGACAGCCGACAAGACGAAACGGAACCUGGAUGCCAACUGUAAAGACUUGCAGCGUCGUCUUGAAGAGGCGGAGGCCAUCGCCCUUAAAGGCGGCAAGCGAGCAAUACAGAAGCUGGAGAACCGGAUCCGUGACCUGGAGACUCUUAUCGACGAGAGUCGCCGCUAUCACCAGGAGGACCUGAAGCAGCUGCGGAAGAACGAGAGACGUCUCAAGGAGAUGACCUUUCAGGCAGACGAGGACCGCAAGAACCAGGAGCGCCUCCAGGAGCUGGUGGAGAAACUGCAGCUGAAGAUCAAGACUUUCAAGCGCCAGGCAGAGGAGGCUGAGGAGCAGGCUAAUGCCAACAACGCCAAGUGGCGCAAGGCCCAGCACGAGUACGAGGACAACCUGGAGCGUGCCGAGAUCGCCGAGUCUUCCCUCAACAAGAUCCGCUCCAAGACCCGUUAAUCUCAUUAAACACUUGUUAAAAAGCUUACUUCGUGUGUGCUUACAUCAUGUGUACUCCAUACGUAUGGGCUUCUGAUAUAUGUGCAACGACUACGGUUAACAAAGAACUGGGAACUUACCACGGAAGAAACGCUUAAGGAUGCGACGGGAGAGAUACAUGUAUCACUUCAAAUUGGUAAUAAAAUAUGACAUGCU